AUGGUAGAGCUGUCGGAAUUGAACCUGACCACACCCACACCAGCCAAUGAAGGAGAGGAGGGGUCCGAUCAUAGGGAGCCACGAAGGUUCUUGAAAGUUAUGAACAAGGACGUGAAGCGCUCGAUGGAGAACCUCAUGAAGCAUGUUUCCCAAGGGUGCUUGUCAGAUCCGCCAGCUGAAAAGGUGAAGAUGCGUCGUGUCAAUCCAAAGACUGGCCGGGCUUUUACGGCCAGAUCGACUGGCACCAAUGAGGUAGACAAUCGGGUCUUAAAUGACAUUCUCAGUUCAGCAACAGUGGGUAUCGCUCGUGCAGAAAGAGUGUUGGCUGACCACUACGAGAAGUCCAAUGCUAAGAAGCGCGUAAAACCUCUUGGGGAGGAAGAGGUGGUGACUACCAGAACUGAUAAACUCUUGCUUUUGAAUUGCUUUGCCAAAUCGUGUGGAUAUGACAGAAAGGAUUUGCCGGCGCAAGGAGUGACCGCUCCACCAAAGCUACCAUUCAAAGAGUACAUGGGUUUUCAGUUUGACUUGCCAGAAGCCUUCCGUCCAGUGGAAGCAUCUGCCAAAGAUGCAGACGAUGACAAUGGUGAAGAAGGUCUUGCUGAUCUCGCUGAACUGAUUCUAGCGACAGAUGGCAAUACCCUUCCAACAAUUCGAGUCUACGAGACAACACUGGAAGCGUACAAAAGAUUGACAAGAGACCAGCCGUGGGUCCCAUUCAAGGGAUACGACAAGACUGAUCACGACGAUGUUGACAAGGCCGAAGAAGAUCUUUUCCAGAAGCUUCGAACAGAGUACAGCCGUGGGGCUCAACCCUUCUCAGCUCGUGGAUAUGGAAGAAUGUCUGAAAAAUGGGAUAUUGAGGUGGCGAAACGAGUGAUGCAGCAAAUGGAAGAACCUGACAGUGGCACAGUGGUUAUUCUUAUUCGCCGCAAGACCUUUCAAAUGCUGCAAGCUCACUACGACGACUUCUGUGCUCACAUUCGCCGCACUCAACUUGCAGGUAUCCUUCGAGACCCAGCGCAAGAAGAGUUGAACACUACAUUGCGCAACAAUCGUCGAAACAUGGCUCCCCAACAGGCAGCAACCAACGUCCAGCCCAUCCGCUACAACCAGAUGCACGGUGGUGCCACUCCCUUUGGAGCACCCACUGUGUUGAAUACACAAGUAGCCGCUCGCGCCAUGACUUUUGCGCCACGUGAAAACAUGCAGAUGGCUCCAUUCGCUCUCCGUGAUGUGUAUCCCAACCAAGUUCCCCGUCCAGCAGCAACCAAUCCAAUGGGGCCCAACUACAAGCGCAACAAGUACUGUGUUGUCUGUGGCUACUCCAAGCGGGAAAAUCUUCAGCUUUUGAAGCAGUUCGGCUAUGAAUGCAAGGGCAAUUGUGGACACGAGGAGUGCUCCAAAUGUGGCAUGCGAGUUGAACUGCACGAUGCGGCCAAUGCUGUUGGGCCAUAUUGCAAGAACGCUGCCUCCGAAUCCAGCUACUACAACGACUGGUACAAGGAAGCCCCCAAAGUCAACAAUCAAAUUUAA